CAGUCCAUAUAUACAUAUGCUUGCAUUCGUCCUUCCGUUAUUCACAAUGGAAAUAACCUGCAAUGUCUCAAAUUAGUUAAUAAAUUGUCGUUCAAACGUCGUUUGCACAACUGAACAAAUAUCGAUUUUGCUAAACCACCUAAUGGAAAUUAUGGCACAGAUAUUAUAUGAUUGAUAUUAUGUCCAUUUUAAUUCACCUGUAGAAAUUUAAAAUUUGCAAAUAAAUUUUAACCAAGUUUAAAAAAUUAUAGACUGCUGUUUACUCAAAAUUAUCUAACAUAUAGUGAAAAGCUGAAAAGAUUUUAAUAGCAAUUAGCAACAUUUAACCACCUUCAAAAAUUAUGUAUUGAAGACUUUAUUAAACAUUAAUUCUGAACAAACAGAAAUAUCUUGCAACUUUUUAUUCCUAAAAUUUUUACCACGCCUUGGGACCUAUCCAACUUUAGUGUGAUCCGAACCCGAAGAAAUUAGUGUUUUGAAGACAACCCAUUUUCUUCUAGCUAAAGCAAAAGCAUAAUCAUGAAAAUGUAUUGAUUAUAACAACAGUGUCAUUGCUACCGGUAGGAGUUUUGUCGCCUACUUAUCUACACAACUUAUCUACAGUUUCCAUCGUAUUUGGUGACGUACAAAGCAAAAACUAUGUAAAUACAUUUCCACAUGAAUACAAACGUACAUGCAUUCAUGCGUACGUGCUGUGCAGAUCAAACCACUUGUGCAGGAUGGGUCUCAAAAUGAUGCACAACCAAAAAAAAUUACCAAAUUAAUGCUUUUCUUUCCGGAUUUGGGUUUACUGUUCGGUAUCAAGUAACAUUGGACGGUUGCAUUCAAUUCUUCUAAACUCUAAAAAAAUUGUGUAAAUUUGACCGUGCACUGUAACAAAAGUGAGGCGUGCCCAUAGUACUAGUUUUAUUAAUCAUGCUGGCUGGAACACUUGACCGAUGUUUUAAUACAACUCUGUCAAUUGGAAUGUUGUUUGUGCUUGGAUUCGUCUAUGUGUUAAAUUUUAGUGCCUACUCUUCUUACACGAGCAACAUGUUCAAGUCCAGAUUGUCAAGUCUAGCAGGAGGAGGACAUAGUAACCAUGACCGUGUAGAAACUGAUCCUCAUUCUCAUGGAUCGCUGGACGAUGAAGCUGGUCCUCGUGUAGAAGGUUCCCACGAUGAAAUGUACAAUCAAGAAGCACUCCUAUUAUCCAAAAAGGUAAAAGUUCUUUGUUGGAAUUUGACAAAUCCGGAAAAUCAUGAGACGAAGGCUGUCCAGGUACAGCGAACCUGGGGAAAAAGAUGUAAUAAACUUUUGUUCAUGAGUUCCACAGCAGAUCCAAAACUACCAACUAUUGCACUUCCAAACGUCAAAGAAGGACGGAAUUUUUUGUGGGGGAAAACCAAGGAAGCCUUCAAAUAUGUGUACAAACAUCAUUUUGCUGAAGCAGAUUGGUUCAUGAAGGCUGACGAUGACACGUACGUCAUUAUGGAAAACCUUCGCUUCUUGUUAAAAGGAAUUGAUCCAGAAUCUCCAAUUUACUACGGGUGCAAGUUUAAACCUCAUGUCAAACAGGGCUACAUAAGUGGUGGAGCAGGGUAUGUCCUUAGCAAGGAAGCUCUAAGAAGAUUUGUUGGCGAUGGACUUCCAGAUAGCAAAAUAUGCCGACAGGAUGACGGUGGGAACGAAGAUGUUGAACUGGGUAUACCUAUGCAUGGAGAACUUGGGCGUGGAAGCUGGAGAUUCUCGAGAUUCUCUAGGACGCUAUCGUUUCCUACCCUUCCUUCCAGAGCGUUAUAUUGGUCAUACUCCUGCUAAUGAAUCUCAUGGCCACUGGGAAUAUAUGUACUAUCCUCAAGAAGAGGGUGUGGGAUGCUGCAGUGACACUGCGAUAUCAUUCCAUUACGUUACUCCAAAUCAGAUGCAUGUAUUAGGUCUCGAAAACUUUGACCGCCGCCUACAGCCAAGGGGGUGCGUUUUAGAGAAAAAAGAUAUCCUGAAGACCUUGUGAUAUCUGAAAAGCGGACAUUUGAUGCUCCUAAGGACGUCUUAAAGACCACUCUGGUCUCGGAAAAGACAUCCUGAAGACCAG